AUGCAGUCCAUUGCGCGUCCGCUGCGCCAGCAGCUGGCUCGCCGCCGUCCCCUUCUGCCAUUGACCGCGACCACUGCCUCCGCCAGACCUGCCCUCGUCAAUGCUCGUCGCCAAUAUGCUUCGCAUAACCGCCUGGCGAAUGACUCUUCCGCACGCUCAGCAGUCAUCAAUGUGCUCAACAACAUUGGCUCCAAGCGUGAGGUGCAGCAGUACCUCGCUCAGUUCACUUCCGUCUCUUCACAGCAGUUUGCCGUGAUCAAGGUCGGCGGUGCCAUCUUGACAGACUACCUCGAUGUGCUCUGUGCCUCGCUGCGGAACCUCAACCAAAUGGGCCUCUACCCUGUAAUUAUCCACGGUGCAGGCCCGCAGCUCAACAAGAUGCUGCAAGAGGCCGGUGUGGAGCCCAAGUACAACGAGGGCAUCCGUAUAACCGACGGUAAGACGCUGGGAAUUGCUCGCAAGCUCUUUCUACAGGAGAACCUCAAGUUGGUCGAGGCAUUGGAGUCAUGGGGUGUGCGUGCGCGACCUGUCACUUCAGGAGUGCUCAUGGCCGACUACAAGGACAAGGAGACAUACCAGUUCGUCGGCGAGGUCAACCAGGUCAAUGCUCAGAGUUUGAAGGCUGCCAUUGCGGACGGCUACAUUCCUGUCAUGACCUGCAUGGCUGAGAGCGAGGAUGGACAGGUGCUCAAUGUCAAUGCCGACAAGGCUGCUGCUGAGCUGGCCAAGGAGCUCGUCCCGCUCAAGAUUGUCUACCUCUCGGAAAAGGGCGGUCUGUACGACAAAGAAACUGGCAAGUUGAUUGAAGCCAUCAACUUGGAUGAGGAGUACGAUGUGUACAUGAAGAAGCCGUGGGUCAUUCAUGGCACUCGCAGCAAGAUUCGGGACAUCAAGACCCUUCUUGACGWUCUUCCCCGAAGCUCCAGUGUUGCAAUCAUUCACCCCGAAAGUCUCGAGCGUGAGCUGUUCACUCACUCUGGUGCUGGAACUUUGAUCCGCCGGGGCACCAAGCUUCAGCAAUCCUCAUCUUUGAAGGAAUUCGAGGAUCUUGAGAAGCUCAAGAAGACCCUGGUUCGUGAGCGAGAGGGUCUUGAUGCUGCCAGUGUUGUGGACCGCUACCUCGAGAUCCUCGAGUCGAAGCCGUUCCGCGCAUACUACGAUGAGAACAUGGAGGCUCUCGCAAUCGUGCUACCACCGCAGGAAGGCUUAAACGGCCUUGGUCAUCUUGCUACACUCACCAUGAGCCGAGCAGCAUGGCUAUCAAACAUUGCCGAUAACGUUUUCCAAAAUCUCAAGCGCGACUUCCCCAAGCUUGCGUGGACCGUCAAGCAGGAUGAUGAGAACCUGGCUUGGUUCAGUGAGAAGGCCGAUGGCUCGAUCGUUCGUCGUGGAGAGGUGCUUUUCUGGUAUGGCAUUGAAAGUCCGGACGAGGUCCGUGAGCUCAUGAGCGAGUUCAUCCAGCACGGGCGUCAGAUGUUCGGGGAUAUAAACCUGGAGUCUCAGCUACACAGAGCCGCCGCAGCCGCCACGCGCAUUCGUGCGCGUGCUGCGGAGCUCGGUGGACGUGGGGCACAGCAGUCUCGAGCUUUCAGCACGAGCACACGGCCUACUAGGCGUGUCCGCGUUGACGGCCUACAACAAGUUCGAACGUACACUACCACCAACCCCAACCCACCCCUCGGUAUUAAGAACCGAGAAAAGGACUAUCCGGCGAAGGUCGCGCUUAUUGGCGCUCGUGGCUACACUGGCAAAGCGCUGAUUGACCUCUUGAACCGACACCCGAACAUGGAUCUCUGCCACGUCUCCUCCCGCGAACUGGCUGGCCAGAAGCUCAAGGGAUACGAGAAGAAGGAGAUCAUCUAUGAAAGUCUUUCUCCCGACGACGUUCGUAAAAUGGCCGAGAGGAAGGAGAUCGACUGCUGGGUCAUGGCCCUUCCCAACGGCGUAUGUAAACCUUAUGUUGAUGCUAUUGAGGAGUCUGGCCACCAGGAGGCUGUUAUCGUUGAUCUUUCUGCCGACUACCGGUUCGACUCCAGCUGGACAUAUGGUUUGCCAGAGCUAGUUAAGCGCAACAAGAUUGCCGGAGCUACACGCAUUAGCAACCCCGGAUGUUAUGCAACUGGUGCCCAGCUUGGAAUUGCACCUCUGGUGCCAUACCUCGCCUCGGCUCCCACUGUAUUCGGUGUUUCUGGUUACUCUGGUGCUGGCACGAAACCGUCUCCCAAGAACGACGUGAAUGUCCUCACCGAUAACCUCAUUGCCUACUCGCUCACCGACCACAUCCACGAAAAAGAAAUUAGCGUCCAGCUUGGACACGAAGUCGCAUUUAUCCCUCACGUAGCCGUAUGGUUCGCCGGAAUUCACCACACCAUCUCCCUCCCUCUGAAGGAGAAGAUGGCCAGCCGAGACGUACGUCAACUAUACCAGGACCGCUACGAUAACGAGAAGCUCAUCCGCAUUACUGGCGAGUCGCCUAUGGUCAAGAAUAUCUCUGGCAAGCACGGAGUAGAGAUUGGCGGAUUCGCUGUCCAUUCGAGUGGCAAGCGGGCCGUCAUCAACGUUACCAUUGACAACCUUCUAAAGGGCGCGGCCACACAAUGCUUGCAGAACAUGAACCUCGCUUUAGGAUACGCGGAGUACGAGGGGAUACCUUUGCAGUAG